AUGAGAUAUAAAAUUCAGUACAUCAAAACGGUACUACAGACGCCCCAUGGCCAGUCAGGCUUCCACAACAUAAGCCAGGAAAUGAUUGAUACAAAAGUGGUGGAAAGACAGCCUUCGAUAUUCGACAAGUUACAGGGAAACAGCCUCCUUAGCGGCCCGAUGCAGCUUAGGGUAGGUCAAAGUAACCUUCAACAUAGCAAUGGUGCCACGGCGGAGCUGAUGGCUACAUUUGCUGGAAGGACUAAUGAAAUAAUACUUAUCCAAAAGCCUUAUUGUUACAAACAGCGGAUACCGGAGUUGGAGGCUGUGACCUUCAGCCUAGUGUCAGGUCAGGAGGCAUCUCCAACGGCAGUCAUCCUAACGGAAAUGAGUGUUAGUAACCAUCGACUUAAUUACAUAGAUAUAGGCCAAAGACUUGAGACAAUAUCACAUACGGCUCUGCUUGUGCCACCAGCGAAUGGUCAGAAGAAAUGGUACGACGAGCAUCAGUAUUCAACAGGUUGCAUUCAGCAACACAGCAUGGAUAGUAAAGAUAAUUUUAAAGCAAGGAAGGUCAGUCGUCCCACCAUUGUGACUAAAAGAUCAACAAUGGAAAGAAAAUUUAUUAAAAACCAUAUUCCUGUAUUUUUAAUGAUAAUAAUCAACCAAUCUCUAGUGAUCUUACUUGCAGAAAAACAUGUUCAUCCUUUGGAUGUAAAAAAGAAGCAUGGCCAAGCAGAAAAAAGCACUAAUGACAAGAGAGAGCAAGAAAAGAGGGAAAAGGUGGAACAACGAGUAAGAAAGUAUAGGGAAGCACUAAAAAGUAAUCUAGAAAGAUAUGAAGAGGCUAAAAGGCUAGAGAGAGAAAGAUACCAAAGAAGGAAGGAACAGGGCAAAAUAAAAUCCAUCAAUGAUCUGACCCCUCGGCAGCAGAGAAAAUUACGAAAAGACUGGAGAGCUAGAAGUAAAAAAGUUACGACAAGUUACGACAGGAACCCGUGCAGGGAAAUGUGGAGGGUUUGGGAACAAUGCGGCCGCACUCGAUGCGUGAGAAUUCUGUGCAAACCCCUACGCACCAAAAUAUUCCGGAGACGCCAACAUCAGCAAUAUUGACAGCAGGUUAAAGAAGAUUAAGAAGAAAUAGAAGAAAGUUGAGAUUCGAGAUUCAAAAACUAAAGAAAGAACUUAAAAGAGAAAAAGCUAAGAAAGAAAAAUACAAGUAGAGGCUUUAUAGAAAUCGUAACCCAGACAAAGAUUCCCCAAACUCUAACGUUCAGAGAAUGAUUGAUGACAAAAGAAUUUCAAAUGAGAUUAAACAACCCUUACUUUUUGGGGCAGUUUUGUCUACCCAAAUAAAAGAAAUGAAUUUUCAAAAAAUAAUAGAGAAGAAAGAAGGAAUCUGAUGGCGGCUGUUUCAGGAAGAGUAAUAAAAAAUACCGUUUUCAAGAAAGACUUAAGAUGUUAGUACCUAAGCGUUUCAAAUAUAAUAAGAAAAACAGCAGAAUUUUCGAUCGUAUAUGGACAGAGGUUCGAAGAAAAAUCAUACAUUUUUAUGAAAAUGAUGACUCAAGCCGAAUAUGCCCAGGAAAAAAGUAAACGAUAACAUUUAAAAAAGUAAAACAACAGAAGAGGUAUUUGAACUACUCUCUGAAAGAUCUAUAUGGCAAAUUUAGCUGUACUUAUCCAGACAAAAAGGUAAGCUACAGCUUCUUCUGUAAGAUGCGACCUUUUUGGGUGGUUCCAUUGAAGGUUAAAGAUCGUGACACAUGUUUUUGUGAAACUCACGUCAAUUUCCAGUAUGUGGUUUCGAAAUUAUAAUUUUACAACAUUAUUAAAUAAAAUAGCUGCAACGAAAUUAUCAAAAAGAUAACGUGCUCCGCUGAAGACAAAAUCAAGGAAGCAUGCUUAAAAAGAAAAUGUCCUGAAUGUUUAC